AUGUCUGCCUCUCGAUCUCCCUCUGGCAGUGGGAGUUUGUAUCCCGCUGGCACCAUGUCAACGGGAUGUUCCCUGCCUUCAUUGACGUGUCCCCCGAAACUUGGUGUGGGCAAGGUUGAGGGCAGUAGCGACACUGUUUCCAUGGAGCGCUCGCAAGCUGGCAGCCAGUGGGCCGGCGGGACACAUGCUGAAGAAGUGUGGGCAUGCAAAAAUGCUGCUUACACCAGGGCAAUGAAAUAUUCCAAAGGAUUGGUUGCGGACGUGGUGGAUAGUUCGGUAGAAUUCCUGCCACGCCGUCUCAUGAGGAGUUCUGUGAACCACAGUAUAAAGGACAGGAAAUCGUCUUUCAGUGUCAUGGCUGAUGUUGGGCGCGACACGCAACAGCAAUCUUUGGCUGCCACAAGCUGCAAAGGUACUUCAUCCACUCCCAUGAGUGAAGCCACAUUCCCAUUCCUUGACGGUGGGAAGGUACAACCAACGGAUCCAGGGCACCUAAAAGCUGGAAUUACGUACGAUCCGCAGUCGUAUGGAUCGCUUUUACCCACGACGCUGAAGGUACGAUCCGUUGAGGAAGCUGUGAGUGGCCCUCUAAUGGGGGUUGCGGCUAACGAAAUGUUUGCAAACCGAGAUGCUAAACAGAUGUUGAGGGGUAUUCUCCAGCCGGUACAGAAGACUUCGCAAUUUUCACAGUACUUUGAUCGACAACAGUUUGAGGGUAAAAUGAGGCAGUUGGAGGAAAGCGCGCGACACUUCAGCAAAUGUCUUGCUCAGCGUGUGUCUUCCAGUACCGGUGGUGGUGGUGUGAUGAUUGUCGUAAACGAUUCUGAUGAUGGGAGCUCCGACGACGGUGGUUUGAUGGGUGACGGUGUGAGACGCAGAGCUCGAAAGCCCGCCAAAAUGGUAGACGAAGCGCGAGUAGCUGGCGACGCUGAAUCUAAUGCCCGGAAACAGCGACUUAACGCACUUCGUUGCACUCCACAGAAUCUUUGUAGCUCGGUGGCGUUGCGUGAUGCGUUGAAGAAAAGCAGGAUUACGGUGAAGAAAGCACGAUGCAGUGCUGUUAAUGUAGCAAGACACAGCUCUGAUCUACUGGAGCUUCUGCGGAGGAGAGGAUCGAGGAGCACUGGUCCCCAGGAAGCGAUGGUUGUUUUGCCCAACGAAGAGGUUUCAUGGGACACGGGAUCUGUUUCACCGAAUAAGUGUACCCAAGCCUCAUUUGCGUCGAUACCGGAUUCUGCAUGUGGUAAUGAGGGUCACCGCACCAAGGUUGUUACAGACCAGCGCGCUGUAACAAUGCUGGAGUCGUUUUUGCGCAGCGGCAAGGGAUUGACGACUCAUGGUAUUUUACCUGCAACACUGUAUGGCAAUCACUGUGGCCCCAAUGGCGGCCAGUUGAUCCCUGCACCAGAAUCUUCGCGGUUACCAUCAAUGCUAGAUACUGCUUUCAGUGAUGUUUUCUCCACUGGUGCAUUAUCACCAAGUGGGCAGCAGCUAGCGGCAUCAGCAGAGUGCUUGCAACAGCAGAGGAAAAGUGUCCACCGUACGAAACCAGCCCGCCGUGUGAUUCCUGUUGGUUACGGGAUGAGUGCUCGUGCCCGUCAAAACUACGAGGCGAUGGUGGAGAACUGGGAGGUGAGUGAGAUCGAGCAAGAGCUUCGGAACGGGGAAGCAUUAUGCCACGCCCGCCGUCGGCUGCUGAAGCUCGUGUCUGAGCGCAAACGGUUGUUAAACGCGUCGCUCGCGCACUUCCACCAUAACCCGCAGCAAGCCGUGUCGCUGCAGCGGCGUGAGAUAUUCCGGAUGGUUGUCGAGGUUGAUGCCGAGGACCGUAAGCAGGCGUGUUUUUCAUUUGUUGAUUUGCUUGAACAGUGCUGCCGGAACACUCUGGAUGAUGCCGCAUGGUCUGUUGUUUCCGGCGCCUUGAAGUCUAGCCGCGAUCUUAUCCAACUCUCUCCACUACGGUGCAACCCGCAGAAUUUCAUUUCCAUUCUGAACGACUGUCUGUCAUUGCAGCAUAUCCGGGAUCAGCGCGUUCAAGAUGCUCUACAGUGGUUAGCAAAACUCUUUGGUGUAUCGCAAGGGCAAUUCAAGUCUGCACUACAAUCAUUGCACCACAACCUCAACAAGCCACGCGAUUACGAGGCACGGUUCCAUGAAAUUGACAGCCGCGUGUGUGGGAUAGCAGCGUCCACUGAGAGACGUGUUCGUAUUAAACUGCGCCGUUGCAACUUUCAGCUUCCCCGUCCUGUGGGUGCUGGCAACCAAAUGAACCCCCUUGUCACCAGCAAUGGUGAUGGCGCUGUGGGCUGUGUGUUGGGUCCCAACACCUGUGUUGAUCGUCCUGAAGUAUCGCUCGUUUUUCAGCUGGGAAAUGAAACUGCCGUCUCCUCAACACUCAGCGCUCAUCGUAGCGGUACCGGAGGGAGUGGUGAUGUGGUGUGUGAGAUGGUUGAUGACGCCCCGUGCUAUGUGGUUGACUUCAAUGACGAAAUUGUGCAGCUGAAGACUGUGGACACCAGUGUGGUACGCGUCUCUCUUUACUGCAACGGCAACGUUCUUUGCAGUGGCUUCUUGCACCUGUCCAAGUGUACUUUCCACAGUAAUCGUACCUUAUCUGUCAUUCUUCGUCUCGACAACAAAAGAAUAUUUGUGGCUGAUCUGAGGAUCAAUGUGGAGCUUGUGUAUGGAAGGGACCGCCGGGGGCGGGGUGGGAGAAGGUAG